GCUACCACUCAUUUUUCAUCGAAGCUCAACCCCAGUUAUGGGAAGUUUGAAAAUACUUGCCGCAGAAAAAUAUUAGGUUCGAAUAUAUAAAAAGUCUGUGAGAUGGGUUCUGCUAAUACGGAAGGAGAUUCGAAUGGCAUAAAGGACCGACUUUUAGAUGCAGGCGCCCUCUUUGUCUUAGAAUCCAAAGGAACAUGGAUUCAUGCUGGCUUUCAUUUAACAACCUCCAUAGUGGCCCCUGCACUUCUCAGCUUGCCAUUUUCUUUUGCCUCUCUUGGAUGGGUUGCAGGAGUAAUAUGCCUUACUAUUGGGGCAGUUGUCACUUUCUACUCAUAUAAUCUCCUUUCUCUGGUGCUUGAGCAUUUGGAAUUGCAGGGUAACAGACAAAUGAGGUUCCGAGAUGUCAGCUAUCAUGUAAUGGGACCCAUGUGGGCUAAGUUCCUUGUAGGACCUAUACAGUUUAUAGUAUGCUAUGGAUCUGUUAUAGGGUGCACCCUGCUCGGUGGGCAGACUCUUAAGUUUAUAUACAUUAUCUAUCAUCCAGAUGGAGAAAUGAAGCUAUAUGAAUUUAUCGUUUGCUUUGGAGGGUUGAUGUUGAUCCUGGCCCAGAUGCCUUCCUUUCAUUCUCUGAGACACAUUAAUCUCGUGUCCUUUGUUCUCUGCCUUGCUUACAGUACUUGUGCAGUGAUCGGAUGCAUUGAAACAGGUUAUUCAGAAGAAGAUUCUGAGAAAGAUUAUUCUUUGGUUGGUAGUACAAAAAGCAAGCUAUUUGCAGCUUUGAAUUCUUUCUCAAUCAUUGCUACCACUUUUGGUAAUGGAAUUAUUCCAGAAAUUCAGUGUUUUCAGGCAACUCUGGCGCCUCCUGUAUCAGGAAAGAUGUUCAAAGCAUUGUCUAUAUGUUAUGCAGUGGUGGUGUCCACAUUCAGCUCUGUGGCGAUUUCAGGCUACUGGGCAUUUGGCAACAAGGCAGACGGAACUAUCUUUAACAAUUUUGUCCCAUCUGAAGGGCCUCUGUUUCUUCCCAAAUGGUUUCUACUCAUGGCUAACAUGUUUGUGCUUCUCCAAGGAUCUGCAGUUGGAAUGGUGUACUUGCAACCAGCAUUUGAAGUUCUAGAACGAAAAUCUGCAGAUGUGAGACAGGGUAGAUUUUCUUUGCGAAAUCUGAUACCCAGGUUGAUUUUAAGGACCUUAGCAGUAGCAAUUGCCAUACUUUUGGCUGCAAUGCUUCCUUUCUUUGGAGAUGUUAAUGCAGUGAUUGGUGCUUUUGGGUUUUUGCCAUUGGAUUUUGUUUUACCUAUGGUCUGCUACAACCUCACUUUCAGACCUUCUAAAAGAGGCAUAAUAUUCUGGAUCAAUGCCAUUAUUGCUGUGGCAUUUUCUAUCAUGACCGUUUUGGGAUCUGUUGCAGCUAUUCGUCAGAUAUUUCUAGAUGCCAAAAAUUAUAAACUUUUUGCAAAUAUAUGAUUAAUAAUAAUUCUUUUUCCUUG